GUAGCGGGGCCCGGCCUCCUUCCCCCCGGCGGCGCCCCGCCCUCCCCGGGAGCCUCCCCGCUGGCACGGAGGCUCGGGCUGCUCCGUCCGGUGCCUCCUCCCCGCCGGUGUCCGGUAGCAGGGCUGUGAGGGGCCCGAGCACACCGAGAGACCCCCGCGCUGAAACAGCCCCGGGUUAUUCCUGGAGUCAGGAGCUAAACCCGGGCUCCACAUGUCGUGUUCCAACCGCCCCCUCCGCCCUGCUCGUGUUUAUCCCGGUCUUGGCGUGGGCGUGCGGCUCCGCUGUGUCCUUGGAGCACAGGGAUCCCACGGGAACCUCGCAGGCUGUGCCCUGGAAAACUUGUGCCCGUUCAGGAGCUCUGCUCCGGGCUGUGAUACGGUUAAAAUGAUGCUCUGGAGCUCCCAGACCGUUCAUUGUUUGCUCUUGGUGUGGGUUGGKUGUUGAGGAAACUGUUCCUGGUGUAGCUUCCAUGGCCUCAUACAUAUAUUUGUAUGUAUAUUUUUUGGAGCUGUCCUGUGCAGAACUAGGAGUUUGAUGAUCCUAAUGGGUCCCCUUCCAACUCAGAAUAUUUWUUACAUAUAUUUAUAUAGUAUCUAUAUGAAUACUGCGGCUGGAACUGAACACUGUCAUUCCCAGAGCAUUCCYGGUGAGGAGGAACUGCCCAUGAGCUCAUUGGGGGAGGAGCUGCCAUCCUCUGCCAUUGAUGGAUCCCUGAUCUUUAAUAUUUAACUUGGGUACUCUGUGCUUAAUGAAAGGGAUGASAUAAUCCCUCGGAGGAUGAUGAGACAUUCCAGGGUAAAACCUUGUCCAGAACUUGGGCAGCUGGUACAGAGUGUUGGGAUUGCAGUGCUGUUAAUGUUCUAAUUAAGCAUUUUAAUUUAAGGGCAGAAAUGAAGUAUCCAGUGCAAAAUUGAAACGAGAACCAGGCAGCAGCAUGUUCAGACAGAAUAUUUAUUCUKUGAGUUUUAUUCUGUGAAAAAGUGUCAGUGAAUGGGCAACGGAUAGAGCUCAAAUGCCAGAAGUAACCACAGCAACUGGGUCUGAGGUGCCAUGGAGCAGUACACAGCCAACAGCAGCAGCUCCACGGAGCAGAUCGUGGUGCAGGCCGGGCAGAUCCAGCAGCAGCAGCAGGGAGGUGUCACAGCUGUCCAGCUGCAGACUGAGGCCCAGGUGGCAUCGGCCUCAGGCCAGCAAGUCCAGACCCUCCAGGUAGUACAGGGGCAGCCGCUGAUGGUGCAGGUGAGCGGGGGGCAGCUCAUCACCUCCACGGGCCAGCCCAUCAUGGUGCAGGCUGUGCCAGGAGGGCAGGGCCAGACCAUCAUGCAGGUCCCAGUGUCCGGCACGCAGGGGCUGCAGCAGAUUCAGUUGGUCCAGCCAGGUCAGAUUCAGAUUCAAGGUGGGCAGGCUGUGCAGGUACAGGGGCAGCAGGGCCAGACCCAGCAGAUCAUUAUACAGCAGCCCCAGACUGCAGUUACUGCUGGCCAGACACAGACCCAGCAGCAAAUAGCAGUGCAAGGCCAGCAGGUUGCCCAGGCUGCUGAGGGCCAGACCAUCGUGUACCAGCCCGUGAAUGCUGAUGGCACCAUCCUGCAGCAAGUUACAGUCCCUGUUACAGGCAUGAUCACCAUUCCAGCAGCCAGCCUGGCUGGGGCCCAGAUUGUCCAAACAGGAGCCAACACCAACACCACCAGCAGUGGCCAGGGGACGGUCACGGUGACACUGCCAGUGGCUGGCAACGUGGUCAAUUCAGGGGGAAUGGUCAUGAUGGUGCCUGGAGCUGGCUCAGUCCCAGCCAUCCAGAGGAUCCCUUUGCCUGGAGCAGAGAUGCUGGAAGAGGAGCCCCUCUAUGUCAAUGCCAAGCAGUACCACCGCAUCCUGAAGAGGAGGCAGGCACGGGCAAAGCUGGAAGCAGAGGGGAAAAUCCCCAAAGAGAGAAGGAAAUACCUGCAUGAGUCCCGGCACCGGCACGCCAUGGCCAGGAAACGCGGAGAGGGGGGACGCUUCUUCUCCCCCAAGGAAAAGGACAGCCCUCACAUGCAGGAUCCAAGUCAAACCAACGAAGAAGCGAUGACACAGAUGAUCAGGGUCUCCUAACCACUGCUUCCAGGGACAAACACCUGAAUGGAAUUCCCAUCCCUCCUGCCAGCCUGUCCUGCCUGCCCAGUGUGCCCAGUGAAUCCUGGAGUGGGACAAUCUCCAUGUCACAGCCUGUCCUUUUCUACAGAACAAGCACCACGUGUUGAGGACGUGGCUGAGGUUUUAACUCUACAAACAGAACCUUUCAGACUUCCUYGGUGCCCUCUCCUGAUCCAGCACAGGGAAUUUGGAGUCUGAGCAUUCAUCCCUUUAGUUUUCCUUYGUUUUCCCACCUCAAUCCCCGUGGCUGCUGCAGCACAGCCGUGUCCUGGGACAGAUUCCAGCUACUCCAACCAGCACUGAAUGGCUGSACCCCAGGCCUGUGCUUGCCCAGCAGAGAUUUGUAAUUCCAUCCACUCCUCACCCCUUUGGACUUCAUUUUCCCUGACCUGGGCCCUGCUGUUGCACUUCUGACCCUGGCAGAAACUGAAGGGGAUUCUUUUCAAUUCCACCUUGUAAAUGUGUAAAGAAGCUCUUCUCUGGGAAAGGUUCAGCCAUCCAAUCAAUGCUAGAAAUAGUCAAGAUUAAUGCAGGACUUGYUGUAUUGUGUCUGUGUUGCAAGUGGGGUGGGACAGGGUGAUAUGGGGGGGAUUGGAGCAGUAAAUCAAGCUCUGGGUGGUUUUGUAUGUUUAUUGCCAGUCCUUGUUCCUUUGGAAGAAAACUGGAUGUGAGUAUAAAAAGGAUUGAAACUUUUAGGUGAGUCUCUUCCAAAGUAUUUUUUUUUGUUUUUUAAUCUUUUUUUUCUCUUCACUUGCCAGUGAAGUCCGUGGUUUCCCCUGAAGAAGUGGAAUCCUCAGUCUCAGAGUGGUGKCACUUGACCAUUGCUGGGACAGUAUUUCUGAUGAUAAAUCAGUUCUACAAUUCCAGAGUGAGGGAUAUUUCAGGACAGCUGCAGCUGGGGCAGCUCAGCCUGAGGUACCUGAAGGKCUGGUAACAAAUUAAGGCAGAUACUGCUGAACCUUCCAUGCUUUUUAUCAAUUAUCCUCUUAAAAAGAAAGUGGCACUUAGUGAAGGAGCAGUACUUACAUCCAAAAAAAAAGGAUUUUUUAAUGACCUACAGCUGGCUUCGAGCUGAGCAUCCCCACAGAAURGAUCUUUAAUUUAGAUUUUGAGCCUGCUCUAUUACCCAAAUUUGGUGAUGGGAGGAGCAGCUAAAAGCAUUUAUCAGGUGAUUUGUCACCAUUCCAUGCCCUCUCCCACCUUGAUGAGCUGUGCAGCUGCUCUGUAGAUCAUCUACUUGCUGGAAUCCCAGAUUUUCCAAUUUUUGUGUCCUGUAGUUCAAACUGGAUCACAGCAGGGGAGUUUGGGAUUGGGAAUGUGGCCAGGUGAAGCUGCAGAGGGAGGAGUUUUUGAAGAAAGCAGCCAAGGAUGGGUGAGACUGGGUUAAAUUCAGUAAAUGCUGAUUUCAAAUGACAAAAAAAAA